GAUCCUAUCAAAAGAAAUUAGAUACCUGUAGGCUUUUAAAAAUCACAAAGAGAGAAUGGAAGUGGAUUCUAGACAUCACUUUCACACACGAAAACAAACAUCACCCACCACUACAAAGAUCGUAAAAUAGCCUGGGUUAUAGGAUCUUUGCCCUGGCCUAGGCCAACUUGGCAUCAAUCUGCCCAGAACAGUCUGGAGAGUGGAGGUGGAGAGUAGGCCUACCGGAAGUACAAAGCUGAAAGUAGAAAAUCCGUCGUUCAGGUCUCAGGAUAGAUCUAACAGCAACAAGACAAACUAACAACAACAGGCUAGAUCAAGCCUAGUUUAUUUUGUUCCUGAGAUUGACUUGAUAAUAACAGACAAAGGAUUUUCAAGCUGGAAUAAUGGCGCACAAGCGUGACAAAGGAGCAGUGCAUGAUGCUGAUUCCCAAGCGGCAAUUUCACUCAAAUAUCGUAAUUACAUUGAAGAAAUGGAAUUACGGAUUCGCUACAUGAAGAAUGACAUUGAAUUCAAGAAAACGCAAAUGAAGAGUCUACCACCUUCAUUAGAACACAAAAGUUCUACUAAUGUUGGGGAUGUGACAAAUCUGAUUCCUCACAAAACUUCAUCAUCAAGCUGUAGUGAUCCUUAUCACAGUUUAUCAAGUCUUGCUGAUAGAAAAUCUCAACAUAAGACAUCAGGGAAGCAAUGUGUACAGAAUAGGAAGUGGACAAGACCCUCUGUUCUCACAAAUGAUCACCAGACCGGGCACAGCAAUAACCUUAUAGUUUCAAGACACAAUCAUCCGAGAACUGUCUCCGCACCUACUCCAGUCCCAUCUCCGACAGUUGUGCAGAGGACUUUGUGUUUGAAUUCAGCAAAAGUAAGGAAUGGACCUGUACCUGCUGUGACAUCAAAAACUUUGUUUCAAAAUAGGGAAACAAUGGAUGUUAAAGCAACAAAAGAUGCAGUUCUAAGAAGUACGCCAUACUCAUCCAUUCUACCCAAAAGUAGUGAAAAUACACGCACAGUUCUUUCUGUGAAAAGCCGCAGGACUCAGAACCCCACAAAUAUGGGAUCUACUUCUUUGUCUUCAGAUGUAAGAACAGUUCUAUUACCUUUUCAGAGUUCAGCAUCUGUUCCAUGCUGUUCUACAAACUCAGUUCCAUUGUUCACUGCAUCACUAAAAAGUGUAACCCAGAGCAGAACAUACAAUAAAGGUUCUAGUGUCAGUGUUCCUAUGUCUGAACAGGGGGUAGGGACAGCCAAAGUUUCCGAGUCACCAGCACAUAACCAUAAGCCACAGAUAUUGACAUCUCAAUACAAAUUUGUCAAGACACAUUUAUCCCCUCCAAAUAUUGUACAGGUUUCUUGUGGACCAUCUACUUUUUCUGUUCCCUCCACGUCUCAGAAUCAAUCUUUUGUAGUCAGUACUCGUGAUGACUCCGAUGAUAAAAAACUUACAGCUAUUCAAAACCAAAGCAAAAUUGUGCAAAGUGGUUAUAAAGAUGUGUCUGCAGUUUUAUGUGAUACUCCUAAUCAAAAGCAUUCCAGGGGAAAUAAAAGGCUGAUUAGAAAAACUCCUCACCUCAAAUUGCAAACUGCUGCUAAAGUAGUCAGUAAGUAUAAAUUGAAGCGAUUGUCUCCUACGGCAGGACUGAAAUCUGCACCUGAACUAUUUCCUGCCCACAAAGUAAAUAGAGCCUUGCUGAAACUGGAUAGAAGAUGUGAGCAGCAAGAGCGUUCUGUGACUUGUAAUGUCAGUCCACACAAACUUGACAGGCGUCCAAAUAAAGUGAUAGGAAAUCAGCAUAAAUUGGGUGAAAGGUUCAGGACCGACAGUGGUAUAGUUCACUUCAGCAAUUUUUAUGUUGAUGAGAAUCUCAAGAAUAGGAAUAUAGUCACUACUGAAAAGCAAGGUACAUUUUAUAGCUCUAAAAGCCAGAAGUUCAGUACUGAUAACAAACGUCACUUUGAUAAGAAAUUUGAAAUAGGAAAGCCCAUCCAUAAUAAUCCUCACAAGUUGGACCGAAGAAACCAGCGAGAAGCUAUUGUGAGUUCCGGGUCACAGGGUCUGACUUUGACUCCAAAACGAAACUGUGGACACCUUCGAACUAAAUCAGCGGUCAACAAGUCACCUUUCUCUACCAAGGUCAAGAAGGAGGUUUUGAAGCGUAGACAACAAACCAACAAGUUUGUUUGGAGGCGUUUGACAAAAGCAGAGAAUUGUGCAACAUCAUCAUCCGGUCUUAUGCCUUCAAAGUUUUCGUGGUUCAGGCCAGGGUCAAGAAGAAAUAUGACUUCUCCUGUACUUCGUAGACAGCAAGAUCUAAAGCUGGCCCAAUGGAAGAGAUUUCAAAGAACAUCUGUUUUACGAAACCAUCAUCAGACUGGAAAACCUGAAACUGGAAAGUUUCGCCUAUGCAUGAUUGAUGGUCAAUUGUACAAAGCGUCCAACUCUAAGCUGACGAAAGCUAAAGAAAAUUCUUCGAGCAUCUUGCCAGCUCAGGGCAAAAUGAAGGCAACAAACUUUCCAUCACAGGCAAAAAAAAAAUCUCCCAUCAUCAAAAAUUUGCGUCAACGAAAGCUGAAGCUGAUCUCCGUGCGAGGAAUUCUUUUCCAGGUGGAUGCAGCUUGCAAGCGGUUGUGCCGAACUAACACAAGCUCCACGUCCCCCUCUGGUAGUAAGACGAAACUCGGUGGCACAAGCAAGUCUGUAGUGGAAAUUCAAGGAGUUCAGUAUGUCAAGGCGAGGCCUCAGGCAUUAGGAAAAGUCAUCAAUGAUAAGACACGGUUGGCUGCAAGUCGUGCUGUAUACAGGAGCCUUGCUAUAGCUGCUGCAAAAUACAAGAAAGAUAACCGUAAACAUAAGAUCAAGAAGAAGUAUUGCAUCUUCUUUGGUCGAUUUGGAAAAUGUCACAGAGGGAACAAGUGCCCAUUUAUCCAUGAUGUUGACAAAGUGGCUUUAUGCACAAGAUUUCUGAGGGGUAAAUGUGACGUGUUGAACUGUCCUUUCUCCCACCAAGCUUCAGCGCAAAAGAUGCCUGUAUGUCUGUUCUACCUUCGUGGGUCAUGUGUGCGAGCAGAUUGCCCAUACCUUCAUGUCAAUGUGAACCCCGAGGCUCCGGUCUGUAAAGACUUUCUCAAUGGGUUUUGUGCAGCAGGGGAGAAGUGCAAAGACCUGCACUCGUACGUGUGCCCAUCAUUUGCUGCCACAGGGACUUGCCAUCGUGGGGAGAAUUGUCCUAUGUUUCAUAGACGAAGCAAGAACCUGGAAGCUGUUACUAGUUCACAAAAAACACUAGCGAAAGUUUUGAGAAAAGAGAAGGGAGCUAAGAGGAUGCGACGCAGCUUGUCAGAGUCCAAUGUGAUGAAACUGGAAGAAACAUCGUCUUCACAUCGAAACGUUGUGUCACCAUCACGAUCUUCAUGUCAAGAUGAUGGGUCAUCUUUGCUUUCCGUACACCAAGACAAUGCAUCUUCAUCACUAUCUUCACUUCGAGACAAUACAUCAUCACCACUACUAUUUUCACAUCGAGACAAUAUUUUGUCAUUGGAUAUUGUGGCUCAACCUUCAUUCAUUUCUUUAGGGUCAUCACCAGCCAUAGAGGAAGUAAGUCACCUUAGACCCCAGCGUACACCAUCUAAUAGUGUCAAGGCUCCCUUGACUAAGAAGCCGAAGAUAACCCCGUGUUUUGUGAGGGAGGAUCCAAGUUCAUCUCUUAUACCUGCUGAGGUUACGGAAAUGAGUCGUUCAAUGGAUCAAGAAGCAAAAAUGGUUGUUGAUAAAAGUCUUCUCCCAGUAUCUGAUCCAAAGGCACAGAGUGAAAAAGCGGGAAGGGAAUUGAACACUUAGUUUAUGCAUCAGUUUGUAGAUUUUUCAGUCGCUAAAUUUUUUGCAUGUUUGAGAUACA